CACGCACCGCUCCGGUUCAACGCAUUUCCGCAAGCGCGUCGCAGUUCGUUUGUAUUUUUAUUAUUCACGUACAACUUGUCACAUUCAGCUUCAUUUGACUUGCGAGGCCUGCCUCCAGACAAGCGGAAUUCAGUUUUGACUUCGCCUUCCGCUAUUGGGCAAGGUAACCUUUCCUUCUCUCUAGUGCAGCGCGGAGCCAGAAGGGCCACCUCGUGCGCUCCCUUUGUCCGUGAUAGAACGGCUAGGCGGCAUGUGCAUGUGACUUUCACCUGCUGCGGGCUGCAGUUGCGACUGCAUGGGAGAGCUGGCUCAAUAUGGACCUGUUUUACCUCGGAGUACCACCUAGAAGUUUAUUUGCUUUGUCUCAUCUUUGAACCACAACGCAUUCGUGCUGCGGGGAACGAAACACGUCGAUGAUGGAGCGGCAGGCGCUCCGUGCCGUGUUGCUGGCUUUCUUGGUGGCCACUGUGUUUGCUUCUGACGCCAGUGGGUCGGAGACCGAGCCAGACUUUACUAUUACUAUAAGCAAAACCGGCGUGAAGCAAGACACUGAGCAAACUUUUUCGCUGGGACCUUCCUCGAGUCUUCGGGUUGUCGACCAGAGCCACAAAGCGGUCCUUCUACCCGAAGCCGAAGAAGAGGCGGAGCACGACAGCCGCGCGUAUGCCUUUGAGAAUGGCCAGUGCAACUUCAAAAAAACAAUCGCCUACAGAGACGCAUUUCCCGGUUACUCCCAGCCACUCUGGGUCCGUUCCUCUUCUCAGGGUAUCGGGGUCGAACGGUCGCCCCCGGAGUCGGCGGCGUACUACACGUUCACGAAUCCUCCUGCUGAGUUUUUGAGUCAAAGGGUUAGUUUCUGUGUACGGUUCGCGACGCCUUCCGCUGGGACAACGUUGACUACUACCACGUCGCCAACGACGACAGCAGCGGAAAUAACAUCGAAGCCCGUAGAAUCAACUGAUAGCACGCCAUCUGACCCCCCCUCCAGUGAUGGCUCGUCACCUCCUUCUGGCGGCGAUUCAGACUCGUCGUCUGGGCCCGGCACGAACGACGGAUCUGGAUCUGGGACGCAUAACGAUGAAGGUUCGCCUGAAAGGCCAACGGGGCCAGGGCAAUCCUCGCCUGAUCCGCAGUCUCAGGCCCCACCACAAAACCAAGGGCCACCACAGCCUCCGGCACAAGAGGGGGCGCCGGAAGACCAUCGGCCUUCGACACCGGUGCAGCGUCCCGACAAUUCAUCAACGGAGCCGCCUACUCAAGGAGACAACGAGGAAGGUGUCACUGAACAAAGCGACAAGGAUAAAAAUGAGGAACUUGGUGAAAACAACGUUGACUCCACGGAGCACGGUGUUCCGUCAGCGGAGCCUGAAGCCGACUCGGAGCAGAAAGGGCCUGAGAGCGAUGCUGCCCAUCUACCUUCCUCGAAUGAUCAACUGAGUCAAAAUCAAAGUUUACCAGGCAUCAGUAACGGCGCAUCCCCUACCCCAACACAGGGCACGCCCGAGUUUGACGGGAAGGAACAGACUCAAGUUCAAACUCCCAGGUCGAACACAGCAACUCAGAGAAUGACUGUCGAGGGCGCAGCCCAAAACAAUUCUGCUGCUGAGGGCAGCACGCGCUUGAGACGGCUCUCUGAUGCAGACACUUCAGCAGUGAAGUAUCUGACGAUUGUCGUGCACUCCAGCGCUUGCGGUUUGGCAGCCGCAACGUUGUCAGCCUCAGCUGCUUUGUUGUCCAUACUUGCGUCCCUUCUUUCCACCUCUUAGUUAAGGCAAGGAAUAGAGUCGAUUCCGGUGCGUCACAAGUCAGUCGGCCGAGAUGUUAAUGCGCGCCCCGUCACGCCUCGGUAGUGAUUCGUGGAUCCACCUAAAGAGAUGUGCCCUGGUACGUCGUCGAUCGGCACUGCCAAUGCCUCUCUUGAAGCUAUCAAAAAGUGGGCCAUGUAUCUCAAACAAAUAAAUUAUAUUCGACGCUAGUCGGUUAGUCGGCUCCCCGUCGACAUGAAAGUGGGCAGCUGGAACCUCAGAUUUGGUGCGAGCAUGAGGGAAUUAUGGAGUCGCUCGUGCGACUGUCUACAGCGCUGCCUCUUGUGACUGGUGUUUCUUCUACAUUGCUCACGUUGGCCAAAUUGUGGUUCAUUUGGGAACGCUAACGAGGAAGAUCACAGGAUCAUCCUACGGCAGGGUCCUUCGACCGUUUUUGGACGCCUUGUUGACUGAUGACGGUGGUAACGAGCAGGAAGGAUGUCGUAGUCGUCGAUAUCGACUAGGUAAAUACAGGGGAGACCGGGACGACAACGUGUUGGAGAGCUUUGCUCAUGGCCACGGUGCGGGUCCAGACGUGUGGACAAUGUGUUCGUGCACACUGCUGGUUACACGCCCUCCCAAAUAAUUGUUUCAUGCUGUCUGAAGUUUUCCGGAAUGCUGAACAAGUUCGAACUUUGGCUUAUGAUACACUUUACCAU